CAUGUUAUUUAUUCAAUUAUUGUAGGUGUAGUUUUAGGUACAGCGCUUGUUUGCAUUAUUGUCUUCUCACUUUAUAAGCUUUAUUUGACAAGUAGAAAUGAAAGAGAGAGUCGAGUUAGACUUGAAAAGUUUUUGGAAGACUACAAGGCCAUCAGACCGACACGAUAUGCUUAUGCUGAUAUUAAGAAGAUAACAGAUGAUUUUAAUGAAAAGUUAGGAGAAGGGAGUUAUGGAACUGUAUACAAAGGCAGACUUUCCAGUGAAAUCUAUGUUGCAGUAAAAGUCCUACACGAUUCCAAGGGUAAAGGGGAAGAAUUUAUCAAUGAAAUCGGUACAAUUGGGAGAAUCCACCAUGUUAACGUGGUCCGUUUGGUUGGUUUUUGUGCUGAUGGAUUCAGACGAGCUCUGAUCUACGAAUACCUACCAAAUGAUUCACUUGAAAGGUUUAUUUUACCAGUGAGCUCAAGCCCGGGUAGUGUCUCACUCAUCAGCUGGAACAAGCUUCAACAUAUUGCUCUGGGUACUGCAAGAGGGAUUGAGUAUCUUCACCAGGGAUGUGAUCAGCAAAUCCUACAUUUCGAUAUCAAACCACAAAACAUCCUUUUAGACCAGAACUUGAACCCCAAAAUAUGUGAUUUCGGCCUAGCCAAACUAUGUUCUAAAGAAAAAAGUGCGGUCACUAUGACAGCUGCUAGGGGAACCAUUGGUUACAUUGCACCAGAAGUGUUAUCAAGAAACUUUGGUAAAGUUUCUCAUAAGUCUGAUAUUUAUAGCUUUGGGAUGGUCUUGUUAGAAAUGGUUGGUGGGAGGAUAAAGAUGGAUCCUAAGACGAAUAACCACAGCAAAGUGAAUUCUUUGGAAUGGAUAUAUAGACAUUUGGAGAAAGGGGAAGAAUUGAAGAUUCGGAUAGAGGAAGAAGGAGAUGGUACAAUUGUGAGAAAGUUAGCUAUUGUUGGACUUUGGUGCAUACAGUGGCAUCCCAAUGAUAGGCCUUCAAUAAAAGAAGUUACUCAGAUGAUGGAAGGAGAUGGGAGCCAUCUCAACUUGUCCCCAAAUCCUUUUAUGGCUACUGAUACGCCUAAGUUAAAUGCAAGUCCUCUCAGUGAAGAUCUAGACGUGAUAUUAGAAAUUGAAUAACACUUCAAAGUCAUUUGUAUAAUUAAUGAAAAGGAGAUAGUGUAAGAAUUGCAAAAGUAUUUUGUUUCAUAGUAAUCAGGAAGCUGAAUGAUACAUAUGUAGUCUUA